CAGGAGAGUGCAAGUGCGCUACACAUAUCGGUGCCUAUAUAAAUAGCUCACACCACUCUUCAUUCGCUAUUUACAGUUCAACUGCGAGGAACGUCCGAUUUAACUAAAUACCACAAUUACUGGAACAUCCACUUGACCCAAGCAAACAAAGGAGGCAAAUAUGCUUUUCAUUGGGGGCGUUCUGCGUCCCCUGGGACUGGGUCUUCUGCUCCUGGGACUUAUUGCGCCUAUUUCUGCGAUUGGAUUUCGUCGCGGAAGGCUGAACGAGGGAUUCCUGGGCGAGCCCAGCAAGAUCGCAACCCUCCAGAGAACCCUGGAAUCCGAAGACCUUUGGUUCGAACAGAAAUUGGAUCACUUUAAGGCCAGCGAUUCGCGCACUUGGCAGCAGCGAUACUUUGUGAACGCCGAUUACUACCGGAAUGAUAGUUCCGCUCCUAUAUUCUUGAUGAUCGGCGGUGAAGGAGAGGCAUCUGCCAAGUGGAUGAGAGAGGGGGCCUGGGUCCACUAUGCCGAGAACUUUGGAGCCCUCUGUCUGCAGCUGGAACACCGGUUCUACGGCAAAAGUCAUCCGACCGAGGAUCUGUCCACCGAGAAUCUGUACUACUUAAGCUCCGAACAGGCUCUGGAGGAUUUGGCCAACUUCGUAAUCGCCAUGAAGAAGAAGUUCAACCUGGCCGACGGUCAGAAAUGGAUCGCUUUCGGUGGUUCCUAUCCAGGUUCGCUUGCUGCCUGGGCUAGGGAGAAAUAUCCCACGCUCAUCUACGGGUCCAUCAGUUCUAGCGGUCCCCUAUUGGCCGAGGUGGACUUUAGGGAGUACUUUGAGGUGGUCAAGGCUUCGCUGGCUGCCUACAAACCCGAAUGCGUGGACGCUGUGACCCGCAGCUUUGCCCAGGUGGAGAUCUUGCUUAAGCACAUGAUUGGACAACGCAGUCUCGAUGAAAAAUUCAAGACCUGCACCCCCAUCAAGGAUUCCAUUGAAAACGGCUUGGACAUGGCCAAUUUCUUUGAGAAUCUGGCUGGAAACUUUGCGGGAGUGGUUCAAUACAACAAGGAUAACAGCCCCCAUGCAACCGUGACCAUUGACGACAUCUGCGAUGUGAUGCUCAACACAACUGUAGGACCUCCUGUGACCCGUUUGGGUUUGGUAAACGAUAUGCUAUUAAAGGAAUCGAACACCACCUGCCUAGACUACAAAUACGAGAAGAUGGUGGCGGAUAUGAAGAACGUGUCCUGGGAAUCGGAGACGGCCAAGGGAAUGCGGCAGUGGACCUAUCAAACCUGCCACGAAUUCGGUUUCUAUCAAACCUCCGACAAUCAGGAAGACACUUUUGGUGGUCGCUUUGGCGUGGACUUCUUCAUUCGCCAGUGCAUGGAUGUGUUCUCUAAGAACAUGGACGCCAAGUUCUUGGAUCUGGUGGUUUCCGGUACCAAUGCGAAUUAUGGAGCCCUCAACCCAAAGACCACAAAUGUGUUGUUCGUCCACGGCUCCAUUGAUCCUUGGCAUGCCUUGGGAUUGGUCAAGUCUUCAAACCCUGCACUUCCUACGAUCUAUAUUGAAGGUACUGCUCACUGCGCCAAUAUGUACGAGCCGGUGAAAACCGAUCCCCCUCAACUGGUGGCCGCUCGCAACAAGAUACUUAAAUUCUUGGCCAAACUGCUGCAAGGCUACACCUCAAGCUUAAUCUAAUAAGUCAGCUGUAAUUUCGAUUACGUCAGCGAAUUGUUUUAUUUUUGCUUUCGCAUAAGUUGUUUAAUAUAAAUUUGUGAUUCGUUGCGAGUUAA